AUGAAGAUGGGAAAUCAAAGUGUAGAAAUAGAUUUUAUACUUUCUUGUCUUUUCCAAUAUGGUCAAAUGGACACUUUCCUCUUUGUUGCCAUUGUAACCCUCUUUUCAGUGACUCUGAUGGGGAAUAUCAUACUGGUCCUUCUCAUUCAAAUGAACAUCAGACUCCACACUCCAAUGUACUUCCUACUUGGUCAGCUCUACUUUAUCGACAUGAUGUACAUCUCCACCACCAUGCUCAAGAUGAUCACUGACUUCCUGACAAAGAGUAAGACCACUACAUUUUUAGGUUGUGAAAUUCAAGCAUUUGUAUUCUUGGCACUUGGUGGAACUGAAGCCCUUCUCCUUGGUUUCAUGUCCUAUGAUUGAUAUGUAACCAUCUGUCACCCUUUACACUAUCCUAUACUUACGAACAAGAAUAUCUGUUGGUUCAUGGUCACAUGUGCAUGGGGCAGUAGUUCUAUCAAUGCUUUAGUGCAUAUGCUGUAUGCUUUUCAACUUCCAUUUUGUAGGUCUCAAAUUGUUAACCACUUUUUCUGUGAAGUUCCAUCUCUGUUACCACUGGUGUGUCAGGAUACUUCCCAGUAUGAGCAUAUAAUCCUCCUGAGUGGGCUUAUUACUCUUCUGCUACCAUUCAUGGCCAUUCUAGCUUCCUGUGCCUGUGUACUUACUGUGGUGUUCCAGGUGAGCUCAGGUAAAGAACAGUCAAAAGUUAUCUCCACUUGUUCCUUUCACCUAAUUGUGGCAAACCUAUUUUAUAUGACUACCCUCUCCACCUAUUCAAGGCCACACUCCUUGGAUUAUCCAGAACAGGAUAAAGCAGUGGCAGUGUUUUAUACCAUCAUCACACCUCUUCUGAAUCCAUUCAUCUACAACCUGAGAAAUAAAGAGGUUACUGGUGCCCUGAAAAUACUGUUGGCAUAA